UCCGGGCAGCCAUCGAGAGGGCGGCGCUCUAGGCGGCCGCGGCGCUCUCUCUGGCCCUGGCGGACCGCGAAGAUGGCGGCGCCCAUGGAGGUGGCGCUGGUGGCGGACGCGGCGGGGCCGCUGUGCAACUGCUCGGUGUGGGAGCUGCACUCCGGCUCCGCCCUGCCCGGCUACCGCGGCGGCAACAGCGGCCCCCGCGGGCUGGCGCUGCUGGGCGGCGAGCACCUGCUGGGGGCGCAGAUCGGCAAGAGCUACAUCAACGUCUGGGAGCUGCAGAGGAAGGACCAGCUCCAGCAGAAGAUCAUCUGCCCUGGGCCAGUGACCUGCCUGACAGCUUCUCCCAACGGGCUCUACAUCCUGGCUGGGGUUGCUGAGAGCAUCUACCUGUGGGAGGUCUCCAAUGGGAACCUUUUGGCCAUCCUGAACCGACACUACCAGGACCUCACCUGCCUCUGCUUUACUGACGACAGCAGCCACUUUCUCUCGGGGGCAAAGGACUGCUUGGCCCUGGUGUGGAACCUUUACAGCGUGCUGCAGGCAGAGCCCUCCCAGAUCCCUGACCCUCGGCACGUCUGGUCCCGGCACAGCCUCCCCAUCACAGACCUGUGCUGCGGCUUCGGCGGGCCCCUGGCCCGAGCUGCCACUGCCUCCCUGGACCAGACAGCAAAGCUCUGGGAGGUCUCCUCCGGGGAGCUCCUGCUCUCCGUCCUCUUCGACGUGGGCAUCAUGGCUGUGACCCUCGACCUCUCUGAGUACCACAUGUUCUGUGGUGGCAUGGAUGGGUCCAUCUUCCAGGUCGACCUCUGUGCCUGGCCGGUGCAGAGGGACAGGACCUUCCAGCCGGAGCGGGAGAACGGGAAGGUCUUCAAAGGCCACAGGAACCAGGUGACCUGUCUGUCUGUCUCCACGGACGGCAGCCUGCUGCUCUCCGGCUCGCACGACGAGACCGUGCGCCUGUGGGACAUCCAGAGCAAGCAGUGCCUCAAGACAGUGAAUCACAAAGGCCCGGUGACAAACGCCUUCAUCGUGCUGGCCCCAGCCAACAUGUUCAACCCCGACGGGAAGCCCAGCGUCCCUCUGCCCAAGUUCAGCAGGCACCUGCACGGCACCGAGAGCAGCGAGGAGCAGGGCAGCGAGGGGGUGACGCUGCGCCUCGGGCUGCACCAGCAGGAGUCUGGGGAGAGCUACCUGGAGAAGGCUGAGAAGAUGUACUCACAGAUGUACUCCACGAGGGAAAAGAACCUGGUGGGAGACCAGGAGCACCUGACCAUCCAGGUGAGCGAGCUGGAGGAGGAGGUCAGCACCCUCCGCAAGAUCAACAAGAACCUCUUCGACUUCUCCGCCCGCAUCAUCACCAAGCCAGCCAAAUGAGGAGGCAGCCCCUGCCCGCACACCCCCUCUGCCGCUCCCUGCCCAGCUCCCGGGGGAACAUCUCCGCUGCCCUCGGGCACAGAGGUGCCCACACGCCCGGACCUCCACGGCGCCAGCGCUCCUCAGCGCGUCGGCUGGGGCCGGCGUCCCCCCCCGCGGUGCCACGGGACUGAGAGCAGCGUGGGGGCUGCCACGGGUGGGGCAGGACAGGGACCGUUUGCACCCCGAGUGAGGCCGCAGGGCUGCCACGGGUGGGACAAGACAGGGACCGUUUGCACCCCGAGUGGCCGCUCGGCGCCCGGCGGGGCAGGCUCGGAGCGGCGGCGGCGGCAGGAGCGGCGCUGCCGGCACCCAGGGAGGGGCUCAGGACCUUUCCCCAUCUCUUCCCCUGCUCCUUUGAUGUUUCUUUUCGUUACUUGACCCUGCAGUGCAGACAGAAAAGUGGGGUUGGGGUUUGGGGUUGUUUUGUCUCUUGAUGCUGGCUUGAGAUUGGAUUUUGGAGACCUCCUUCUACCCACCCCGCCCUGGGAGUGCCGCUCGGACCCCUGGCAGCCAGGGUCCUGCUGGGGGCUGCUGCUGCUCUGGGCACAGUGGGGGCUGAGCAGCUCCUGGGGACGGGCAAGGGGGUUCCUGGGGUGCCAAGGCUGAAGAGGGAAGAGAUUCCCACCCUUCUCUGUUCCCCCUUCCUUGAUCCAGUGGGCAGAGGGGUGGGGAGGUCCCUGAGCUCAGAGCACGGGUGGUGGAUUUGGGGCGUGGGGGCUGACUUCUCUGGGGGAAGGGGCUGGGGGGGGGAGGGGCAGCAAGGUGCUAUUUCCAAUCUCCUGAGGUGACAGUUUCUAUCUAUUUGGAUCCAGCAGCUUUGUGUUCAGGGUCUUCUGGGGACUUGGCCUUUUGUAUUGUCACAAGCAUGGCGGGGGGGGGG